ACAAGAAAAAGUAAAAAGAAGAAGAAAAACACUAAGUGUUUUUUUCUUCUUCUUUUUUUUUUUCCGCAGAAAGAGAUCUCUUCUUCAAUUUCUUAUAAACGCUUCCAAGUUGGAUUUUUUGGCUGGAAAUUCUUCGCCUCUUUCUCUCCGCCGCCGCUUCAAAAGGGGAAAAUGCACCAAACUACAUUUGUUUUGAGUGGAUAACAAAGAUAACUGUGGGAUAUGGGAGGCUGCUGUUGUUCUUCCCGGAAACCUCAUCUGCAUGGGACACCUGUAUAUUAUUAUUGUCCACCAGCUUUGGAAGAGAAUGAGUCUUUAACACCUCAUCGUGGAUCAGCCUCUGCAAUGACUGCUGUUCUGGUUAAUUUGGAUCUAGAAGUACCUGAUACAUUUAGGGCACCUCCAGCACCUUUGCCAUAUGAUGUGGUCUUUGGAUGUCCACAUUCAGCUGAUUCAGAGUCUUUCAGGGAAACUGUCAGUGGGGGAAGUUUUGAGACCCUGCCUACAUUUGAAGAUCUUGAGGAGUCAGACUCCAGAACACAGUCUAGUUCUUUGCUUCUUUCGCCAAGAAAACCAGAGGUCACAAACUUAAUUGAAUCUAAGAAAUCAGCAACAGAGGAAGAGGAUGCCUGUCCUAUUUGUCUUGAAGAGUAUGACGCAGAGAAUCCAAAACUUUCAACAAAAUGUGAACAUCAUUUUCACCUAUCUUGCAUUUUGGAAUGGAUGGAAAGAAGUGACACCUGCCCUAUAUGCGCUCAGGAAAUGAUAUUCGAGCAGACUUUUAAUCAGUAACUCUUGAUUCAAGAUGGAAUUUCUUUGUUGUUUGAGAGUAAAGCUUUCCACUCAGGAUGCUGCCGAUAUAUAUUAGUUUUUUCUGCAGCUGGUCAGACUGUGUUACCUGGAAGAUUGAAUUUUACCUUUGAUACGUAAAAGGCUGCAUGUAUUUAUGCUGUGAAUAUUUUCAUCAAUUCUUCAAGUUUGUGACUUAUGAGAGCAAAGAAUCAAGUUGACAGAGUGUUAUAGCGCAACUUGGGAUGUUGAUACUCCUCUUCUAUAUGGUUGAAUAUUGUGUUAGCUUUUAGAUCAGCGGGGGGAAGGAUAGUGUAAGCUACGAGGUAAUUGAAGCGAUCAGAAUCAAUUUCUAUGGAGCGUUGUUUGCAGAACAGAAUGAUUCUACUUGUUCAUAUUUUCUGUCAUCUCCUCUUUUUUUGUUUUAUUUUGAAAUUGAAUGCUUUAUGCUACCUCUCUUUUGCAAUGGCAUUGUAAAUAUGUAUAUGCUUUUCCUAUUUAAAUGGAUUUAUGAUGGAGGAUGUUCAAUGUUUUAAUAGAAA